AAAAGACCUUGACUCCACUUUCUGCUGUUACUACUUCCUUCUCCUUCCUCUCAGAGGAGCUCCUUCUCCUCGAGGAGACAACAUGGCCCUGGCUUCAUGUCUUCCUCCCCUCAUCCUCCUCCUCCUCCUCUUCCUCUUCCUGACCUUGGGCAUCUCAGGAGUCCAUUCCUCGACCACCUUGUCCCCAAGCGCAGCCAUGCAAUCCCUGGCACAGAAAAGGAAGCCCGCCAUGGACUCCGAGCUCCCAUUCACCGCCCACUUCUUCCCCCAGCAGCUGGACCACUUCACCUUCCGGCCCAAGGCUUACCAUGUCUUCUACCAGAAGUACCUCAUCAACUCCACCUACUGGGACCAAGGCCCCGUCCACACCGCCCCCAUCUUCGUCUACACCGGCAACGAAGGCAACAUCGAGUGGUUCGCCGCCAACACCGGGUUCAUGCUCGACAUCGCGCCCAAGUUCAAGGCCCUCCUCGUCUUCAUCGAGAUUCUAUGGCGAGUCGAUGCCAUUCGGGAAUGAUUCAUACGAAUCGGCUGAGGAAUUGGGAUAUCUGACAUCGACGCAAGCAAUGGCAGAUUACGCAAUUCUCAUAAGAAGCCUAAAGAAGAACUUGUCGGCAGAGGCAUCUCCGGUUGUAGUCUUUGGUGGAUCCUAUGGGGGAAUGUUGGCAGCUUGGUUCAGACUAAAGUAUCCACAUAUAACCAUCGGGGCUCUGGCUUCAUCAGCACCCAUCCUGCAGUUUGAUCAUAUUGUCCCCUGGAGUAGCUUCUAUGAUGGUGUGUCGCAGGAUUUCAAGGAUGAGAGCAUUAACUGCUUUGAGGUGAUCAAGGACAGCUGGGAUGAGUUGAUGGUAGUGGGAGCUAAGAAGGGAGGGAUGUUGGAACUUACCAAAACUUUUAGAGCUUGCAAAAAACUUCAGUCUGUAUAUUCUGUGAGAGAUUGGUUGUGGACAGCAUUUGUAUACACAGCAAUGAUUGAUUACCCAACUCCAGCCAAUUUUCUGAUGCCUUUGCCUGCAUAUCCUGUUAAAGAGAUGUGUAGGAUUAUUGAUGGAUUCCCAGCAGGAGAGGACAUACUCAUUAAAGUGUUUUCAGCUGCAAGUUUAUAUUACAACUACUCAAGUACUAAUUCUUGCUUUGACAUAGAAAAUGGAAGUGAUCCUCAUGGCCUCCAUGGUUGGGACUGGCAGGCAUGCACAGAGAUGGUCAUGCCAAUGACUUCCUCUAAUGAAAGCAUGUUUCCCCCAUCGACAUAUGACUAUAAAGAAUUUGGUGACCAGUGCAUGACAAAGUAUGAAGUUCGACCAAGGCCCCACUGGAUAACCACAGAAUAUGGUGGCAAUAAAAUUGAGCUAGUGCUAAAGAGAUUCGGAAGCAACAUUAUUUUCUCUAAUGGAAUGAGAGACCCUUGGAGUAGAGGCGGGGUGCUGAAGAACAUAUCAUCCAGCAUCAUUGCCCUCGUCACACCGUUAGGGGCUCAUCACUUGGAUUUUCGAGCAGCCACAAAAGAUGAUCCCAAGUGGCUCAAAGAGCAAAGAGAAACAGAGGUUAAGAUAAUUCAAGCUUGGAUCGAUCAAUACUAUGAAGAUUUAAGGAAGUGAUCAAAGGCCUGAGCAGUUGAUGCUCAUUCCUUUAGCACAUAGAUCCGAUUGAUGAAAUAAGUUGACAUCGACGAGUUUAACUCCAUUCAGAAAAGUGUUAUUUAUAAGGGAGCUUAAGAAAUAAGCACACUGUCUGAGGUGCUAUAUUGUGGUAACAUUUUACAUUUAAUAUGUAUUUUGUUUCA